AUGUCUUUGGCACUAUUUUCUGCUUCUGUCAUUUAUUUUCUCCUUGUCGUUGCUCCACGUGCGCACACCGGGAAAGUUUUGGUUUUCCCACACGAUGGCAGCCACUGGGUGAACAUGAGGGUACUCGUCGAGGAGCUGCACCUGCAGGGACACGCUGUGACCGUCAUCCGAGCCGCAGACAGCUGGUACAUCAGCGAAACGUCCCCGCAUUACGAGGCGGUCACGGUGAACUUCGCUGCCGGCGGGGAUGAGGAUUUUUACCGCCUUUUUGUCUCUCAGGUGAUUAAAAUCAAACGAAGCAACGGCUCUGCGUGGGCCCGGUUUGCUUUGGACAUGGAGUUGAAAAACAAGUUCUUUGAAUUCCAUAGAAAAAUCUGUGAAAUGAUUGUGUACAUGUUUGAAAACGAGCACUUAAUGCGAUCGCUCCGGGAAACCAAAUACGAUGCGGUUUUGACGGAUCCUGCAAAUGGUGGAGGCGUAUUCCUGGCUCGUUACCUUGGCUUACCGAUUGUGUUCAACGCCCGCUGGACUGUCCACGGCGAGGCACACUUUGCUAUCGCGCCCUCUCCUCUGUCCUACGUCCCACUUCCACCUUCAGAAUUAACAGACCGAAUGACUUUCUUUGAGAGGGUGAGGAACGUGAUUUUUUACACCAUGCGGAUGCAUCUGUACAAGCAGGUAGUUGGACCGCAUUAUUCUGCAUUGUCCAAGCGCUACUUUGGCCCAGACGUGGACUACUUUUCUCUGUUUCAGGCUGCAGACCUGUGGCUCAUGAGAGUGGACUUUGUGUUUGAGUUCCCUCGUCCCACCAUGCCUAAUGUUAUAUACAUGGGAGGGUUUCAGUGUAAACCUGCAAAACCGCUGCCUCAGCACUUGGAGGAGUUUGUUCAGAGCUCUGGAGAGCAUGGCGUCAUCCUCAUGUCUCUGGGGACUUUGAUUGGAGACCUUCCUCGUGACUUAGCGGAUGAAAUUGCUGCUACUUUUGCUAAAUUACCCCAAAAAGUCAUCUGGAGGUAUAAGGGUGUUAAACCAGCCACUCUGGGCAACAACACUUUAAUGCUCGACUGGAUACCACAAAAUGAACUGCUGGGGCAUCCGGAUGUUAAGCUGUUUAUAAGUCACGGAGGAACAAAUGGGAUUUAUGAGGCUAUAUAUCACGGGGUUCCAAUCGUAGGCAUUCCCUUCGUGUUUGAUCAAGCUGACAAUCUCUCCAGACUGAGAGCUAAAGGUGUUGCAAGGGUUUUGGAUGUUUCUGAAUUAAACUGGAAGACCUUCCUGGAAACCAUCCAGGAAGUCCUGAACGAGCCCUCCUACAGCACAAACAUGCAGAGGCUGUCCAGGCUGCACAGAGAUCAGCCAAUGAAGCCCCUGGAAAGAGCCAUCUUUUGGAUAGAGUUUGUCAUGAGACACAAAGGAGCGGCUCACCUGAGGACCGAGUCCUACAGACUGCCGUGGUACAUCUACCACUCUGUAGAUGUCGUUUUAUUUUUAUUGACAACUGCAGCGUUUCUGGUGUUAUUUUUCUCUUGGUUAGUGCGGUGCUGCUUCAGAUUGUGCUUCAAAAGAAAAGUGAAAUCAGACUAAGCAGCCAUGUGUUUUUAAUCCUUAAUGUUUGACCGUGUACUAAAAUGUGAACUUCAUUGCACUGCAUGAGACGAGCACGCGUUUUAUAGCUCGCCCUUUCUGAUGCAAU